UACUAUGAGCUUCCUUUGACCCGUGAAUCGUUCAAUCAGACGUCUCAUAUUGCCGUGAUCUUUCUCUCUCUUUUUGUUAAGUUUUUCACCUUGUACACAGAGUUAUCAAUCACAACCGUAAGAGUCAUUUUGAUUGUAUUAAUUUUCUGGUUGUGUCAUGAGCUCAAGGUUCUUAAUUUGUUGAAGCUGAUUCGGAAAUGGCUAUGCUUCACGUAUCAAUUGUCUCUGCGGUAUGUUGAGUCGAUUAGUUGGUUAAUUCAGCUAGGGUUUGUAGAUUUGAUUAUGGCAGAAGCUUCGAGAGCGCGUGUCACUAUUACUCUUGGACGUGGUGGCCAGGUGGUGAAGAGGUCGGGACUAGUGUCAGAUGUUGGUUUUCCUGAUUCGCUGCCGGCUGCUGGAAGUAAGCGUUCCAUAAGGGAUAGACUAGGAAGUAAUUCAGAUAGUUCCCAAGUCAACCACAAAAGACAAAAAGGGGAUAGUUGCAUUACAAAUUUGGCUAAUAACGGUGUUGAUGAUGUUUCUAUCAGAAAAAAUGACCUCCGAUUCAAACUUAUGCAAAAAAAUUUAGUUAGACAAGCUCAGAGUCAUUAUGAUCGAAAGUUCAUGGACCUCCGUGAAAAGCUUUCUAGGACUGGGUGGCCCCCACUUAGUAAACUUGAUACACUUCAGUGCAUGCCUGAGUCAAAAGAAUCCAGUAUCCUGGGGAGAAUUCCUCUUACAGGAAGUGCAGAUGAUUUGCCCCCGAUGAGCUCAUCCAGAAACUCUUAUUCUGCUUGGACUUUGGAUCAUAUAAGACGAAGAUCACCAGAGAGAGUUUUUGGUUCUUCUAGGGGUCCAUCCCCCACAAGGAAUGUGGAGCGUCUACCAAAUAGGCCAUUAAGCAGGACAUAUGAUGAUGUGAGAACAGUUCCAUAUAUGAGCAAGGAUGUUCAUAAUGCUCCAAGGCCUGUUAGUUCUUCACCUUACAUCACCAAACCUGCAUUGCCUUCUGGAUCUACAAAGCCUGCACCACCGGCCCCACAGCUUCUGGGCCAACCGUCCAUGUCUGUUGGGGUCAUGCCGAAAAGUUCAUACAUGGGUGAAGAACAACAAACAGUUGAUGGUUUGUUACAUUCACUGGGAUUGGGAAAAUAUGCCAUCCAUUUUAAGGCUGAGGAAGUGGAUAUAACUGCACUGAAGCAGAUGGGGGAAAAUGACCUCAAGGAGCUGGGAAUACCUAUGGGGCCUAGAAAAAAGAUUCUCCUUGCUCUAUUGCCUCGCGCCAAGCGGCAACGGUGACAGUUGCACAUAAAGAGUAAGUCUUUAUUCUGAUUCUCAGUUAUUAUCGGGAGUUCAAUUGAAGAAUCUUUCCCUUGAAAGAAAUAUCUUGUAUUCUCUCAAUUUAAAUAGGUUUGUCUCAUCAAACAGUUAUCACAUUUUUGCCUUUACUUGAUCCAUCAAUAUUAACUGAUAAUAUUGAACAUUAUUGAGGUGUAGAAUAUUUUUCCUUAAUGACCUUCUACACCUGAAAAUUGUUUUGAUUACAUUUGCAUAUAAUUGGUGACAGUUGUUUCCCCUCGGAAUAUUUUGGGAUUGGCUUGUGAUACUGGUUUUAUUUCAUGUAAAGAAAUAGUAUUGCCCA